AUGCCGAAUACCACGCCAAUACCUCUCGAAUGUUUUUAUCUAUCCUGUUUCGACGCUUGUCUAAUGCAAGCAUACGAAACCUAUCACACUUCUCCCAUUUCUUCUCCUAGUUUUAGCCCAUCCCCUCCGUAUUCACCACCCUCUCACGAACCCCCUUUCGCGUCGGCUCAUGACUAUAAUUAUCCCUACUUAUCGUCUGGUGAUGUGGUCGAGUUCUGUGGGCCCGCAUAUGGUGGCAAAACAUCGAUAUUGUAUUUUACAACUUUAACUACUAUACUCCCUCCUUACUGGCUACAGAGCAAGAUUGAAUCGGGACCAUCGUUAAAAAUUACAAGAAAAUUCGAAAUUGGUGGUCGCGGAACAAGUGUAAUAUUCUUCGAUUUAGACGGGCGGUUCGAUGUGAGUAGAAUUUAUGAUUGGAUUGUGAGACAUUUGAAACGCAGGGUCGAGAAGAGCUUUGAGGAGUCCAAUACGGAAGAGAGCAGCGGAGAAUCGGAAAUUCAGGAUAAAGAGGCAGAUUGUUGUCACGACUGGGUGCCAACGGAAGAGGAAAUUACGGAAAUUGCUAAGGAUGCUUUGAGGAGGUUACAUGUUUUUAGCCCACGAACGCCGUUAGAGUUUAUUGCUACUUUACAUUCUUUGAAAGAAUAUCUCGAACAUUGUCAACAAAGAACACGGGAAACAUUCACAUUUAUAAUGAUAGAUUCUAUAAUGGCUUUUUAUUGGCAAGACCGCGCAGAGGAAUCUUAUCGCGGUAACUCAAUCUCAACCUCAUCCUCUGUCUACCUUACCCAAACACUACAUAUUCUCUCCUCUCUCUUGUUCGCUAAUGGAUUAAUCCUCCUCACUACGAGUUGGUCCCUAAUCUCGGAUAACUCCCUCUCGACGGCAUACCCUCCCGAAUUAGUAUACAAAGACACGCUCUCCCAUAUCUGGCAGUCGUUUGUAAAAUACCGUUUUGUCGUAGCACGACAACCUUUACCACAGUACGAAGAGGGUACAAGAAUAGCCGAACUGUCUAGAAACAGAAGAAAGGAAAGAGAGGAAAAGAGGAGAGAAGGAUUGUUCUUUGGAAGGAUGGUUACGCCUGCUUGCGAUUGUGAUAUUUUUGAAUUUCAGAUUAAUGACGACGGAAUUUUUUGCGAAUAA